GGGUGCAACCCGCAGAGCGACUGGAUUCCGUCUAUACAUACAAACAAUUAAUGCCGCGCAGACAUUGGCGCGAACCAGCUUACAGCGCGACAUCUACUGGGAAAUCCCCCUCCGAUCGUGAUACCGGGGAUUUCCCCAUACCAUGCUUGCAAAGAUGCCACUGUUUGUGGCCAAGUCCUUAGCUGCGCUGCGUGGUAGCAUGGCCUCCGUUAUAACAUCGGCAUUGAAUAUUUCUUGUACCCGGUGUAUUUGUGGAUCCGCGAUAUAUUCAAAAGGCAAAAAGAUAAGCUCUCAACAAUGGUUGAUCAGGCAACGGAAGGAUCCGUACGUCGAGAAAGCUGCAGCGGAUAACUAUCGGUGUCGCAGCGCCUACAAGUUGCUGGAGAUUGAUGACAGACACAAGCUGCUUCACCCGGGAGGGGUGGUCAUCGACUGUGGUGCUGCUCCAGGUUCCUGGACGCAGGUCGCACUGGAGAGAGUCAAGGAGCAUGGACAAGUGAUUAGCAUAGAUCUGCAGCCAAUGGCCACCAUAGACAAAGCUGUUGUCUUGUGUAAAAAAGAUUUCACAACACCAGAAACUCAGGCCGAAGUAAAGCAGCAUUUAUCUGGCCGAUUGGCUGACUUUGUUAUGAGUGACAUGGCUCCCCGGGCAAGCGGAGUGAAGUCCCUUGAUCAUGACAGGAUCAUCAGCCUGUGUGUGGAGACAGUCAAGUUCAGCUGCGUGGUGCUGAGGGAGGGGGGUGCGGUGCUGUGUAAACUGUGGCAGGGGGCUGAGCAGCCUCGGUUGGAACAUAUCAUGAAACAGUUAUUCAAGACAGUAAGGGUGGUUAAACCUGAUGCCAGUCGAUCAGAUUCGGCCGAAAUAUUUCUUCUUGGAAAGAACUUUACUGGGAAAAGACCACCUCAAAAAAGCUAACGACAUGUUGUUUUUUGAAUUUCCUGUUGAAUGAAAGUUUUAACGGUUUAACAGAAUGUUAUCCCGCAACCCUUGUUUGUUGUAAGAGGCUUCUGACAGGAACGGGAGGUCAGACUCAAUGAUUUGAUUGAUGUAUGUCAUCGUAUCAAACUUGCAUAAAUCGAUGCUCAUGAUGUCAAUCACGGGAUCAUCUGUUCCGGACUUGGUUAUUUAUAGACCGCCAUAUAGCUGGAAUAUUGCUGAGUGCGGUGUUAAACAAUAGACAGAAAAAUCAUACAUGUUUUAUUAUUUAUGUAUGCUUUCAUAUUGAUUUGAAUGCUUAAGACUUAAAGUGCAAGUAUCAUGAAAAAUAGUAAUUGAUUUUUCUUACAUCAUUAUGUAGCCAGUAUGAUGUACAAUACAAUGGCUGAGAAAAGAAUGUGUGGAAAUGUAAACUUAGCGGUGUUGCACUUAAUAAAAAGUACUUAUUUUGAGGUCUGUAUUUGUAACAACCCGAUGUGAAUCUUAAAAGUGCUAACGAGGAGGCGUGGCUUAAUUUCCACGUCCGGCUAGGUCUGCAAGCUGAUUGGGUAUUACCAACAGCAGGAUAUAGAAGAUAUGCAAUUGUUUCAUUAGCUGUUGGGAGACCUGUGUUGUACAUAUAAUACCGGUAUGGAUUCCAUGUAUGGCUGGUGGGGGCGUGCCAAGUAACCUUGAGUUAACAUGCAUUAUAUGAUUUUAACUUUUCACUAUUAGGGGAGCGGGUUCCACCCCACACCUCCCCCUCCCCUCAAUCCAUGCAGUUGUAAAAACAAACAUUGAUUGAUCUUUGUGACCAAUUAGUGCUAAUUAACCGGAAUUGUAUUGGUCUCACCUUCUGUCGCUCAUCUCACAACAUGCACCCACAGUAGAUUGUUGCAUAAUGUAUGCCAGCAGUCAGUCCAGGUAUCAUAAAACUCUCAGCCCUGUGUAUAGUGUAAUGUAACACAUUAGCAGGUGACACAGAUUCUACAACAUGUCGCUUCAUCUUUGUUGUGCUAUUUCAAGAUUGCAACAGGAUAUUGUGAUUUGGAGGAUAUAAACUUAACAAAUGAACCAAUCUGUGUUUUGCAAUCACUUGUAAUCCAUGUGUCCAAGAUGGGGAUCAUCCUGAUUAUUUUCGUCACUAUUGUCAGUCACAGGUUCAAACAUGUAGAGGUUCUCUUGUACUUCUUCCUCCAAAUUCAUCUUCCGAGAAACAUUCACAUUCGGGUGGCCCAGUUGUCUAAGGCGCCGCGAU